GUCAAAGUGAAACAAAAACAAUUUUAGCUGGAGGAUCACAAUUGAAAAUAUCAAAUGUAAAAUGUUAAAAAAUCCGUCGCUCUCUUGCGUCCUGAACGAGGAAGUGGCUUUGGAAGGACUGGAGGGAACCACCAUCGACACACUAUGGAACCAUCUGGCAAUUCGACUAAAAAUGAAAAUGCCGCUCCCGCAGAAAUUUUGCGAUUCCGUCUGGCCUUUGAUAGUGCAGCACAAAGAGUACAGUUUUUUCGAACUGCCAGAAACACGCAAACCGUUCGUUUACUUCGAUCGGCUGGAACACGUCGAUCCGUCGUCCGGUGUAAUGAAGGAACCGAAAGAGUAUCCCGGGCAUCGUUUCAAAUAUAAUCCGGUUGUGACGGAAGAUGGCGUGCGAGGAUCCUGCGAAAGUUUCUCUGCCAGAACCAGCAUCGACCGGGAGGAGCUUAUGCAGUUGACCUGGCAGGAAGUCGAAAACAGGUGGUCACGCAAGUUUGUUAUAGUAGCUUCACAGAAAAUGCGCGAAUCUUUCAUUCGACAUCAAAAUUGUACCUACGAACUGACUAUCAUCCAGUACUGUAUGCUGGAAUGGAUCGCUCGUUCGCGCUUCAAUGGCGAAACCUCACAGGGAAAAUACUCACUGGUCGAGUUAACGAAAGACUCUAGCAUUUUGUACUACAAUCGAAAGUUCCUAACGGACUGUAAACUUGUCACUCGGCAAUCAUUUUGCCAGCGUACGGGCGAAACCAGCAUACAGGGAAUGAUUUAUCAUUUGCCGCGCUACUACAAUGAAAUGAAACCGAAAACUUUACUAAUCACGGAAAAGGUGGUCAAUAUUCUUAAGCAGCGCCCUGGCUACAUGGCGGACUACGAUGAAAUCAAGCAUAUCGUUUUGGGCCGAGCAGAAGCACGCAAGUGGUUCCGGGGAAACGAAUUUACCAAAUACGUGAAAACCGACGAAACCGUCCCGUACCGUGAUCUCUAUCCGGAGGCACAUCCUCGCGAAUGGAAGCUGAAGAGUAAAAAAAGCGAAGAAAAACAUGUUCGUGUUAUGCGUCUGAUUGAUCCCGAAGCGGACGUUUAUGAUCUGUGGUACAAGGAGGAUGUUCCCGAGGACGACCAGAAGGAUGGCAUUCUGAACUCGCAGAAAGCGUACAUCGACAUGCCGGUGUUACAGCAGGCCUACAACGUGAUUGCAUCGAUGAGCGAUCAGGGCAUAUCACAGUCAUCGUUGGCCGUUGAAAUCGGUGUGGACAAGUUGAAUUCCCGUGCGGUGGUAAAGAAUUUGAUGCGCCUGAAAGCCAUCGAAGGACAUGCCAUCGACGAAGGCCGACAGCGAACGACUAAAUACUUUAUUCCGGGUAUGUCGCAGAGAACGGUAACGUUCGACAAGGAAGCAAUUCAGUUGAUGAAUACCCAUAUCAAUGUGAUGGAACAACAACAACAACAGCAGCAGCAACAAGAAAAACAACAUCAAGAAGCGUUGUCAUCUUCGGAAGCGAGUUUCGCCAACAGUAGCGAAGUCGGUAGCAGCUACAUUCUGCCCGUGGAUAUUCCCGACGAUGACGAGUUGGAUGGUAGAGGAAGUAGCGCAAAGAGUGGCGACGACAGCACACAUCUGUUCUGGGCGUCGAAUCAGGAUGCGCUAGAUUCGAUCGAUGUGGAAAUCGAUAUCAGCAGUGAUGUGGCGUUCAUGAAGAAGGCACAGGGUGGUAUAGCGGCUAUGAUGAGUACGAAGCACAUCAGUGCCAAGGUACUGAAACGUUGCAAUUUCAUCCUGGAGCUGGUGCGGCAGUAUCAGGUCAUCGAGCCACGAUUGAUACAGAAGAAAAUCAAUCAGGACGAAAAGGCGGAAGGUUCAAAGGCCGAAGCAUGUCACAAGUCGGUGCUGCGUUUGCUAAGUAAACUGGCAGUUGAUAAGUUUUUGCGGAUUGCCAACGUUAAACUGGCGAAGGAUGACAAAGUGCUGAACAUAGCGUAUGCUUGUAGUAUGAAUGUAGACAAAGAGCAUCCCAUAUUGGUAGCAAAAAUUGAUGCCGCGAAGUCUAGAAUGAUUAUGCAAACACCGGCAUCGCGGCUUGUGAAGAAACAACUGAUGGAAAAUGAGCCCCUCGUUGCGGGAUAUAGCUACGACGGAACGCUGGCUAAAUGCCUCCGAAUGAAACUAUUUCAUGAGUUUUUGUUCUACGUGGUCUACCUUCAACCACGGGAUAGUGGAAACCUACCGAUCGAAUCACUCCAUGGAUUGGGAUUCGAAGAUGUUCGGACUGAGAUCGGUCAGGUGUACAGUACGGACGAUUGGAAGAUGUUUGUGCCUCCAUUAAGUAUGUAUGAAAGUGUCGGUCCCGGUUGGGUCUUGUUGACAGACAUUACACUCCGAUUGCCAUUGUCGAUAUUCUGCAAAAUCUGCACGUUUGGAUUCUACACGAAAGAGCUAGAUUACUAUUUGGAUCAUCCAAUCAGGCGACACAUGCUUAUCAAGCAAUUGCCAAAAAAUGUUCGAUCGCAAUUGUUCCGACAACGUAAAUACAUAUUCAACAUAUUCGAACUGACGCAGAAACUUUGCUACGCAGGUCUAAUCCAAUUCGGACCUCAACGAAUGAAAGAUCGCGAUCAAACAUUCAUCUACAUAAACCGACACACUGCUCUACUGGACACUCGCACUUCCCGCGUUGGUUAUAACGAGAUCGAAGAGAAGGAAUAUCCCCUCGUUGGAUUCACCUUUACCCAACAGAUCGAUCUGAACGAUUACUGGGAGAGGUUGUACAAAAUAGCAAUGGAAACUCGCCUGAAUCGACGGAGCGUUGCAGUCGGGAAGGAAAUUCUCGUUCAACAGCUGUCGGUCAAACCGGCAAUGGUUGAGGCUUGCAAGGCACGUACCCCCGAGGAAGCCUUCGCAAAUGACGUGCAAAGUUUGCCUCCCGGCGAUAAUCUAGGUGCCGCCGGCAUGGACACGGCAAUGUUCAUGCACCUGAAGUCCAACUGGAGCAAGGUGAUGAACUACGUGCCGGCUUCAUCGCGCCAAGCGGCCAAAGCGAAACGAUUGAAAUCGAUCAAGAAAAUCGUUACCAUGAGUAAGGAAAGAUCCACUGCCGCACGAUCGGGCGGAUUAUGCGCCAAAUUGCUGCCCAACCCCAAGGAGAAAAAUCUUUGUCUGAAGGCCAAAUUAACGGUCAAACCGUUUGCUUCCUCUUUCCGCAGGUAUGGUCAAAGAAAACCUGGAAUCAAAGUGCGAAAAAUUGAAGCCCGUGGGAUGCAGAAAACAAGGAAAAAGAAUUACUAUGACCCGGUCGAUCGGCAGGCAUUGUUGAUGAUGAAGAAACUUCGCGUCGAUUGGAGUCGCAAUGAGGACGCUAUUCUGCUGGCUUGUCGAGUCGGUGCUGAGUACAUGUACAAUGGGGUCACGAAAUCCAGUACCGUCAUCAAUUCGGUUCUCUACAGAGACAUACUGCACUGGUCGGACCCAAAGUCGGCUAACAAAACUUCACGUUCAUGCCAGCGUAGAGUUUGCUAUAUGCUCAGGGCAAAGCCGGGAUUCGUAACAACCGUAAAACUGUGCGUUGAAGAAGCAAGACUGAAUCCAGCGCUGCAGAAGCGAUUCGGACCGAACUUUCUGGACGACCUGAAAGUAAUAUACCCUACGCAGGAAGAACAAGCGAUGGCCCUGAAGGUUCAUUUUGUGGAGUUAGUGUAUAUGAUUAGAACCAACAUUGCUUCGAUUAAUGCAGACAAUGUUCGGCCGACUACCGGUACCGAUCACAUCGAGAAACCCAUGAUUCCGGAUACCGUGAUUGAAUUGCAACGACGGUUUGAUAUUGUUCACGCUCAUAAUAAAGUAGAGGAACUAAACUUUGCAAAGAAUCCGGCCGAAGUCGAGGAAGUCAUUCUGUUCAAACUAAUGACACUGAUUCACAGUGCAGUAACCAACGUCAAAGACAAGAGUACUUUCAACAUACAGCUGUUCAACAUCUACAAAAACUAUUCCGAAAAGCAUUUAUCGCAGGCAAUCAAAAUGUUACGAGACUUCAAAAUGAUCACUCUGGCCCGUAGAAGCCGAAACAAGCUGGACGCUACUCCGAACAUAAUCACGGCAUGGGAUAAUCCGUAUCGUGUUUCCGCUUCCUACUUGCACCAGACGCUGACGAAAAUACCGUUCAAAACGUUUGGCUACGUUCAGAAUCACUAUUUGAAGUUGUUGGCCCGCAGUAAUUACGACAAGUUUGUCACCUUCGAAGAUGGCGGUCAAGGCCUGAUUUUGCUGAUGGCCGAACUGCUAACAAUGGACAAGAUCGAUCUCGACGUCGAAUCACCGAAGGACUACGUGCGUAUGAAUCCGGAACUGAAGAAAACGAGUCCCGAACUCGUGGAUGCUUUCCCGGAGGCUUUCAGUGAGUUUCCUUCGGACUCGGAACUGAGUGGUCGGGUGAAAUCAGCCCCACGGAUCAAACAGGAACCAGCGAAGACAGCAACAACUAAAACCAAGAUCCGUUUUGCUACCGGCAGUGAAGUAUAUUUCAACUACGUGAUGCAUCCGAUUGAGCUGCUGACGAAGGUGCCUACCGAAUAUCUACACUUUUUCUGUUUGCUGAACAGCUGCAACGAACGGACACAUCUCCGAGCAUUCCAGAUCGACGAAAAGUACAAUAUCUGCUCGCUGUCCGACUGUAUUUUGCAGAGUGCCGAACCGAAUCUGAUCCCGAAAUGUAUCGCCAUUGCUUUGGCCCGUCGCGCAGUUAUCGAGCGAAUCAAAAUGUCCAAGGUAUCUCGAAUCGAAUGUCUUCCCAAACUGGUGGGUCGGCUCGAUGACAUUGUUCCGUUCUUCACGAGAGCCGUUCAUGAGUAUGUCAAAUCUCACACCGACUGGCAGAAGUUGGAUCUGGGAAAAAUCGCGGACGUCUUGCAGACCCCGAUCAACAUGGUCAAUCUGACGGACGAAAUCAUUCGCUUCGAAGAUGUCCACAAUUUCAACUGGUUGGAUCGCUACGAAAUCACCCAACCAGAAGAGGCGGACGCAACGUUGGAAAUAGAUGCUGACACUAGCGAUUCUGCGUUCGGUCGUGACCAAAGUACACGGGAUGACAUCAGUGACAAAGUCCACAAGCUGCAAAAUUUUUAUGAAAUAACCUAUCUUAAGAUGAACCUUCGACUAACCUAUGCGGACGCGACUCAGCUGGAGAAUCGAGUUAACUAUUGCGGUAAUGACGUUCCGAGAGUUUUUUUACCACCUGAUUUCGAAAACCGACAUGAAGUGCUCACCAAGGCAACCAGUGAUGCAUUGUGGCCUCCUCAGAACGAACUGACACCUCUACUGAAGCAAGCAACUCCCUUGAUUCAUCGUAAUGCAAGGCUUUCCGUGCUUGCAGAAUUUAUCGAGAACAAACAACAGGCCGGAGCGACAGUGCCAGAGCUGACGGAACGGUUUCGCGACCGAGUCGAGCUCGAGACUGACCUGAACACAUUGCUUAAUUUCAAAUUUUUAUUACGCACCGGUUCUCGAUACGUAACCUACGUUCACUGGCUGUAUGUUCAAUCGUGGCUUCUUCGAACCAGUUGCGUUAUACAACCGGACGUGAAAAUUGUCAAACAAGAACCGCAAACGUCGAUUGGCGCUAAGCGAUCGCUUGAUGACGGUUCAUCUGAUCAAUAUGAAACUGAAACUGAUGAUGAACCACCGUGUAAAACACGUCGACAGGAAUUGGAACGACAGAUCGAACGAGCAGAGGAAAGAGACCGAAAUAAACCAAUCAAAAACCUGCUACUUUCACUGGCUCCAUGGAUUAAGGUGGAUGGAGGUGUAAACCGGCGAUUGUUGUACCGCUGGCUUACCACGUUAUUACUGUAUUGCAUCUCACAUCCAGGAGUGAUGUUGAACGUCAUUCACGCCCGGUUUAACCUGAUGGCUCCGGUGCACCUCGACUAUCUGCUGCGAAUUUUACAAAACUACGGAUGCCUCCGUAUGUUCGCAAUGGAGGUCCCGAAAAAACAGACACUUUUUACCACUUAUCACCCAGUAACGAUUCAUUCCGCCACCGAAUUGGACUUAGACACUCAGUGCUAUGUAGAAGCGGCACCAUAUGCAUUGACCACGCUGACUGCCUUCAUAGGCGACUACCCAAAGUUCCAGGAGGAUUUCCUUGCGCCCCCAAAAUCCACUGAUCCUCUAGACAACUCUCUGAUGGAGUACUGAACGUUGAGGGCACAAUGUCAUCUAACUCAACACAACACACGUAGCUAUGAUUCAUGGCUAGUUUUUUUUUUGGUUUAUAAAACA